CUUCUUGGUCGCGUCCCGGGAGCGGUGCCCAGGGAGCUCUGCUGUUCUCGGCGGGGCGAGGCGGCGGACGACGGAGACCGAUCCGCGCGGCUGCGCCCCUGCCUCGAUUCCGGGUGCCGGCGGCGGUGGCUGCAGUCGUGCCUCUGCUCCUCUUGAAGAUGGAGAAGAUGUUGGGGUUCUUGCUGGUGCUUGGGCAGCUACUCCUUCUCUUCCCGGCUGGAGCCAGAGAGCGUCCCCAAGCCAGGCUCUCCUCCAGAGGCCGACAUAUCAGGACACAUCCCCAGACGGCACUUCUGGAUAACUCCUGUGAGAAUAAGCGGGCGGAUCUGGUGUUCAUCAUUGACAGCUCCCGAAGUGUCAACACCCACGACUAUGCAAAAGUGAAGGAGUUCAUUCUGGAUAUCCUGCAGUUCUUAGAUAUUGGCCCUGACGUUACCCGAGUAGGCCUGCUUCAAUAUGGCAGCACGGUCAAGAAUGAGUUUUCCCUGAAGACCUUUAAGAGGAAGUCUGAGGUGGAGAGGGCUGUCAAGAGGAUGAGGCAUCUGUCUACAGGAACCAUGACAGGGUUGGCCAUCCAGUAUGCCCUCAACAUUGCCUUCUCAGAAGCAGAGGGAGCCCGGCCCUUGAGGGAGAAUGUGCCACGGGUCAUAAUGAUUGUGACUGAUGGGAGGCCUCAGGACUCAGUGGCUGAGGUGGCCUCAAAGGCCCGGGACACAGGCAUCCUGAUCUUUGCCAUUGGUGUGGGUCAGGUGGACAUGAACACGCUAAAGGCCAUCGGGAGUGAGCCCCACAAUGACCAUGUCUUCCUAGUGGCCAAUUUCAGCCAGAUUGAGUCUUUGACCUCCGUAUUCCAGAACAAGUUGUGCACGGUCCACAUGUGCAGCGUCUUGGAACACAACUGUGCCCACUUCUGCAUCAACACACCUGGCUCAUACAUCUGCAAGUGCAAGCAAGGGUACAUUCUCAACACGGAUCAGAAGACUUGCAGAAUCCAGGAUCUGUGUGCCACAGAGGACCAUGGCUGUGAGCAGCUGUGCGUGAACAUGCUGGGCUCCUUCGUCUGCCAGUGCUACGGUGGCUAUGCCCUGGCUGAGGAUGGGAAGCGAUGUGCAGCUGUGGACUACUGUGCCUCAGAAAAUCAUGGAUGUGAACAUGAGUGUGUAAAUGCUGAAAGUUCCUACCAGUGCCAGUGUCAUGAGGGAUUUGCUCUUAACCCAGAUAAGAAAACAUGUACAAAGAUAGACCACUGUGCCUCCUCUAAUCAUGGAUGUCAGCAUGAGUGUGUUAACACCCAGAAGUCUGCCCUCUGCCGCUGCCUGAAAGGCUUCAUGUUGAAUCCAGACAGAAAAACCUGCCGAAGGAUCAACUACUGUGCACUGAACAAACCAGGCUGUGAGCACGAGUGUGUCAACACAGAGGAGGGCCACUACUGCCGCUGCCGUCGGGGCUACACUCUGGACCCCAAUGGCAAGACCUGCAGCCGGGUGGACCACUGUGCACAGCAGGACCAUGGCUGUGAGCAACUGUGCCUGAACACGGAGGAGUCCUUUGUCUGCCAGUGCUCAGAAGGCUUUCUCAUCAAUGACGACCUGAAGACCUGCUCCAGGGCGGAUUACUGCUUGCUGAGUGACCAUGGUUGUGAAUACUCCUGUAUCAACACAGACAGAUCCUUUGCCUGUCAAUGUCCUGAGGGUCACAUGCUACGCAGUGACGGGAAGACCUGUGCAAAACUGGACUCUUGUGCUUUGGGGGACCAUGGUUGUGAACAUUCAUGUGUAAGCAGUGAAGACUCAUUCAAGUGUCAGUGUUUUGAAGGAUACAUCCUCCGAGAUGAUGGGAAGACCUGCAGAAGGAAAGAUGUCUGCCAGGCUGUGGACCAUGGCUGCGAGCACCUCUGUGUAAGCAGUGGUGAGUCGUACACCUGCAAGUGCCGGGAGGGAUUCAGGCUGGCUGAAGAUGGGAAGCGCUGCAGAAGGAAGGAUAUCUGUAAAUCAACCCACCAUGGCUGUGAGCACAUCUGUGUGAACAAUGGAGAUUUCUAUGUGUGCAGGUGCUCAAAAGGGUUUGUUCUAGCUGAGGAUGGAAGGCGCUGCAAGAGAUGCACUGAAGGUCCAGUUGACCUAGUCUUUGUGAUUGAUGGGUCCAAGAGCCUUGGAGAAGAGAAUUUUGAGAUUGUGAAGCAUUUUGUAACUGGGAUUAUAGAUUCCUUGGCAGUUUCCCCCAAAGCUGCUCGUGUAGGCCUGCUGCAGUAUUCCACGCAGGUCCGCACAGAAUUUACUCUGAAGGACUUCAGCUCAGUCAAGGACAUGAAGAAAGCCGUGGCCCACAUGAAAUACAUGGGCAAAGGCUCUAUGACUGGCCUGGCCCUGAAACACAUGUUUGAGAGAAGUUUUACACAAGUAGAAGGGGCCAGGCCCCUCUACACACGGGUGCCCCGAGUAGCCAUUGUGUUCACAGACGGACGGGCUCAGGAUGAUGUCUCCGAGUGGGCCAGUAAAGCCAAGGCCAAUGGUAUCACUAUAUAUGCUGUUGGGGUAGGAAAAGCCAUUGAGGAAGAACUACAGGAGAUUGCCUCUGAGCCCACAGACAAGCACCUCUUCUAUGCAGAAGACUUCAGUACAAUGGGUGAAAUAAGUGAAAAGCUGAAGCAAGGCAUCUGUGAAGCCCUAGAAGACUCUGAUGGAAGACAGGACUCCCCAGCAGGGGAAAUGCCAAAGCAGGUCCACCAGCCAACAGAAUCUGAGCCAGUCACCAUAAAUAUCCAAGACCUACUUUCCUGUUCUAAUUUUGCAGUGCAACAUAGAUAUUUGUUUGAAGAAGACAAUCUUUCACGGUCUACACAAAAACUUUUCCACUCAACAAAAUCUUCAGGAAGCGUUUUGGAAGAAAACCAGGAACAAUGCAAAUGUGAAAACCUUAUAAUGUUCCAGAACCUUGCAAACGAAGAAGUAAGAAAAUUAACCCAACGCUUAGAAGAAAUGACACAAAGAAUGGAAGCCUUGGAAAACCGCCUCCGAUACAGAUGAAGGCUAGAAAUGCUUCUAUGUGUAUUUGUACACUGUCAUAAAAAGGAUUUCAACAAUGGCAGUGGAGCCUGAAAGCAAAACACAACCAGUACAGAAGACACUGGAUUGUCUGGCUAGAGAAAAUAGAGACACUGAGGUGUCUAAAUUCAUUAGAGGUGGGGGUAAGGAAUCCUUUUGAAUUCUAAGAUGAGUUUACCAUAAGAAUAAAUAAGCUGUGCAGUGUUCUGCAACAUACUGUGCACAUGAUUUGCUUCUGCCAAUUGAAGAGUCUCAAUUUGGCAGAAAACUGACUCCACAAAUUGCUAUUUUUUUGUAUUGGAAUUUACCUUGAUGUAAAGACAUGUCAUGGGGAACUAUGUUCUGUAAUAGGUUUAAUUUUUAUACAGUAUUAAAAGCCAUCACUCCAGAAAA